AUGUCAGUGAGCUCACUUCUGCUGAACCGCCGUGCAGCUGCGGGCUGCUGCAGGGUGUUGUGUGGUGCUUCUCGACCACUUGUCCACGUUAGAUUGGCCAGUGUAGCUGAGCCAGGCACAAGAAGAUCCGAAGAAGAACAACUAUGGGAGGCAGCAGGCUCUCUGCCGUUCUCCAGAGCCAAGAUAGGAUUUUUCUUUCAGGAGAGGCCAGUGCUGAAGAACCCAUUUCUAGAGGAUGCCUUGCUCAGGGGAUACCUGAGGAGACACCUCCCCCAGGAGGCAGCUUUCUCAGACCUGUGUGCAUUUGGAGAGCGAGUGGCAAAUGAGGUGGACGAGUGGGGCCGAGAGUGUGAGGUUUCUCCUCCACGGUUGGUGCAGUUUGACCCCUGGGGUCGCAGAGUGGACCACAUUGUGACCUCCCCAGCUUGGAAACGUAUGAAAGACCUGUCAGCACAGGAAGGACUGGUUGCCAUUGGCUAUGAAAAGUCAUUCAGAGAGUGGAGUCGUGUGUACCAAAUGAGCAAGCUGUACAUCUUCUCCCCCUCCUCUGGGCUCUACACCUGUCCUCUGGCUAUGACCGAUGGAGCUGCUAAAGUCAUCCAGUCCAUAGGUGUUUCGUGGCCAGUAGAUGAAGCCUACAGUCGUUUGACCACCCGUCAGCCUGAACGUUUCUGGACGUCUGGACAGUGGAUGACAGAAAGACAAGGAGGAUCUGACGUAGCCAGCGGAACAGAGACGGUGGCUGUUCCCCAGACAGAUGGUUCAUACAAACUACACGGCUUCAAGUGGUUCACCUCAGCUACAGACGCAGACAUGACUCUCACGCUGGCCAGAGUGCAGGACAGAACAGGAGCAACCACACCGGGCAGCAGAGGUUUGUCUUUGUUUUACGCAGAGGUGAGUAGAGACGAGGAUGGCCGGCUGAAAGGUAUUGAGGUUCAGAGAUUGAAGGACAAGCUGGGCACAAGACAGAUGCCGACUGCUGAGCUGCUGCUGGACGGCUUGCCGGCACACAGGCUCUCAGAGGAAGGUAGAGGUGUGGCCUCCAUAGCAAACAUGUUGACAAUAACCCGGAUCCACAACAGCAUCUCUGCUGCAGCUGCAAUGAGAAGGGUGGUCCAGUUAGCUCGUGACUAUGCCACCCGUCGCGCUGCCUUUGGAAAGCUUCUUAAAGACCACCCGCUGCACAUGCAGACUCUGGCCAGGAUGGAGGUGGAGACUCGUGGAGCGUUCCUCCUGGUGAUGGAUGUGUGUCGUCUGUUGGGCCGAGAGGAAAGCGGCAUGGCGACGCAGCUUGAUGCACACCUGCUGCGUCUGCUCACUCCUGUGGUCAAACUGUACACUGGGAAGCAGGCUGUGGCUGUGGUGUCGGAGGGUUUGGAAAGCUUCGGUGGACAAGGCUACAUCGAGGAUACCGGGUUGCCUGGUCUACUUCGUGAUGCACAGGUGUUGAGUAUAUGGGAAGGUACCACAAAUGUUCUGUCACUGGAUGUGCUGCGCUGUGUGGCACGUAGCUCAGGAAUGGUUCUUCAUGCAUACUUCAGCCAUGUGAAGUCCCUGCUUGCAGGUGCAUCAAGUGUUUCCUCGGUGGCCCCGGCUGUGAAAGCAAUAAAUGGUGCUCUCUCUGAGCUGGAGGACUUUAUUCAGUUAGCAGCUACAAAAUCACCUAGUUACCUGGAACUAGCAGCGAGAGACCUGGCAUACAGCCUGGCUCGCACUUACACAGGUGCCCUUCUCAUCGACCAUGCAUGUUGGAAAGGAUCCUCUUCAUCUGACACCUAUGCAGCUCUCAGGUGGUGUGAACAAGACUUGUGUCCUGUGGCAACUAAACAGGCGAGGGGCUGCUAUGAACCCAGCACAGCACCACUUGAUGCUGCGCUGGUGUAUGACCGACCUAUCCAAGACUGAACUGUUCAUAACGGAGAUGACUAAGACUAUGUUUUAUAAAAAGUGAAACACAGAAAUCAAACUGCAAAUCGAGUUUCUAAUACAAUGUAGUUCCGUCAAUGUGAAGCAUUCAUGUAAUAUGGUAUUUAUUAUAUUUCUAAGUCUACAAUCAAUCAAUAGUUUUGUCUACAAUAAAUAUGAAACUAUAGAUGCACAA